AGAACACAGUUGUUAUGAGUAAAGACCCAAAUGUAGCCCAAUCACAACAGGAAGAUGAUCUAGCUAAAGCAAUCGCACUUUCACUACAAGAUGAAGAGGAAGGUCCCAGUCAGAAAACAACCAGUCUGUAUCCUACUGGGUUUUCUAUGGGAUGGGCUUCAGGAGGCGGAGCUCCAAGAGUGAGGGUAGUGAGGAAGGUGAGGGCAUUGUAUGACUUUGAGGCAGUGGAGGAUUAUGAGUUAACCUUCCAUGCUGGAGGACUCAUCAGUGUACUUGAUGACAGUGACCCUAACUGGUGGAAAGGUUUUAGUCAGAGACGAGAGGGCUUGUUCCCGGCUAACUUUGUUACAGCAGACCUGUCAGUGGAACCAGAAAAACAUAUGUAUAAUGUUUAUAUAUCAUGCUGCUGUAUAUUGUAAAAUGUUGUAUUUCUAUUACAAAUCAUCAUAAACAAGCCUUGUAACAAAAC